UACUCUAAACAGUGAUAAAAUGGAUUUGAAAAACGAAUUUGAGAAAAAAACAUUGAAGAAAGGUGUUGACUUUGAUAUAUUACAAAGGGAUGAAGUAUUUUGGCAAAGAUCUGUCAUGAGCCUUGCGAAAGAACAUAUUUCUGAUUUAAAAGAGGAAAUAUUGGAAAAUCGCCUUUUUGAUAUUGUAUUUUGGCAAAGAUCUGUCAUGAGCCUUGCGAAAGAACAUAUUUCUGAUUUAAAAGAGGAAAUAUUGGAAAAUGAAAAUAAGCUUCAAAUAAAGCAUUCGGAGAAGACUUUUUGUAUUUACUGCAAUUGCAGUAAAUGCCUAACAUUUCGCAAAUUAAUAAUUGGGAUUCAUAUGGAGAAUGAGGCCUACAAUGAUUUGUGGGAAAAAUUGAAGGAAAUUAUCAAUUCUUAUUACACUAUAAUGCCUGUGGAACAUGAAUCUACUUUCAUUCGUAAACAUCUUGAACUUCAAACGGAGUCCUGCAAAACGAGAUGGUUCAGCGAUGGCAGCAUUGAUGUUAAAAAGAACAUUCAUGUCUCAAUGGGCAACUAUUUCUCAUUGUCAAACGAAAUGACUUUUAUUAUUGUGUUUAACAUGUUGUACACUCGUGAUAGACAUCAACUUUUUGAACUAUUGUGUCUUCAAUUGAAGUCAAUAAUAAUAACUUACAGAGAAGGAAUUAAGGAGAUAACAAAGUGUACUGUUGCAGAGGAGAAAUAUUAUAAGCCUGAAAAAUUUCUCAACUAUAUACUCGAUGGCUACAAUCGUUUAAUGGAAAUUUCAGAUACAUUAACUCCACUCGUCAUAGAAAUUCGUGAUCAUUUACAAAAGUUUUCAUUAACUUGGCAACUUCUGAAUCAAUGUAUGUAUUACCGCUUCUUAUAUGUGGACAUUGAAAGUCAAAUGGCUGAUUGCAUCUUGAAACUGAAAGAUUCUGUUGACACAGAAACAUAUAAAAGCUUUGUCUAUCGAUUCAUAAAGUUUGACGAAGAAAUGUCGCAAAUUGCUCAAUCUUGGGAAGAAGCAUUAGUUGCAUUGAAACUUUAUAAGAAAUCAACACCGGAUCAAGUAGCUCGGUUGGAACGAAUCGAUAUGAUUCGUAAAAUAAUGGAAAACUUAUGUCAAUUAAAUGAAAUACCAUGUGAUGCAACAGUGAAUGAACAAGCAUUAGCACUUGAUUGGAUUGUAUCAAGUGAGAAAAUUGAUGUGUGGUUGGGUGUUUUAAAUACGAUUAAAAGAGCACCACAUUAUAAAUGGAAGAAAAGAAGUUGUCAAUGUUGCUCAUGUUUUAUGACAGGUGAAGAUACUUCAUACAUAGCAGAUUUAUCAAAUAGAAAUCAAGAUAAAACGAGAGAAAAUUUACUUAAUGAUGAAUGCUAUCAUUUAGCAUGGUGCGUAUUUAAAAACUUAAAAGAGCGUGAACCCUACAACAAAGAAAUGAUUCUACCGGAAAUAUUUUGUGUCUUUGACGAUCCGCCUUGUCAGCGUAUGGAAUGUCAAGUAGCAACUAAUUUGAUUAUUGGUUCAUAUCCAUUAAGCUUUACAAAAUUUCUCCUCAAUACUUAUCAACCACUUUCGACACCUGAUCGCGAGAAGUUUCUUAAAGUUCCAAGUCAAAGUCUUAUUCGUAAGUUUUGCUUAAAAAAAAGUGGAGCUGCUGCCAAAGAGAUUAUGCAAGAAGCUGAUGAAAUAAAUCAUUCAUUUUUAUUGCUCAAUAUGUUCUGGGAGGAUGAAGAUAUAGCUGAUCCAAUAUUACGAGCUGGUCUAGCUGCAGCUUUAGCUGAGAAUUUUAAAAUUGAUUUGAAAUUUCCUCCCAAACAUAUAAUUUUCUCUUAUCUUUUCGCGUUAUUUGAGAAAGGAGACGAUGGUGAUAUUCAAAUGGAUCUUGAAUGGCUGGAAAAAAUUAAUUUGACGAGUUUAUUUAAAAGUUUUGGCAUCAUUUCUAACAGAAUUCAUCACGAGGGACCAGUACUUUCAAACUCUAACGAAGACACAAUAGACAUGACCCUUAAAGAAUUAAGAAUAACAGCAGAAGUUUCAUCUGGAAGAGAAAACAAUGCAUUAGAAAUGGUUCAAGAGUCAAUGAGAGAAGUUGCCGAGAAAUUAAAUACAUUUUCUUUGAAUCAUGAUAACAAUACAGACAACGCUAAAAAAGUUCUUGAAAAUGAAAUUCAAAAACCACUCGUUGAGGCUUUAAAGCUUGCAGCAAAUAAUAAAAAACUCGAGGCAGAGUUAAAGUCAUUACAAAAAGAACAUAACAUGUUGAAGGAUAUGGUUAAAGGAUUAGAACAAAUUCAUGGUGAGAAAAAAGAAGUUCAAGUUACAGUAACGACAUCGAAAAUUUCGGAAAGCAAUACAACAAUAUGUCAUGGACAUUCACAACCUGAUUCAUCGUCACCAUCUUUGAAUUUCGAUUUAGACCAUGGCAAAGAUUCGGGAAAUGGAGCUGAUUGUGUUUGUUAUUAUUGUACUUUAUUUGGUAAAAAUCAAGAAUUUAUAAAUUCGCGAUCUACCGAGACUCGAGAUCGACUUCGAAAGCGUCUUCAUCAGCUCCAAAAUCAGAAAGAUUUCACAACAAAAAAUAAAAAUAUAAAAAAUAUCAGCUUACUUUUGAAAAAUGGUGCUACAAAGUCUUCGAUAUCAGAUUUGGCUUCUACUUCUACACACGCAUCUGCUCCUCUACCCAUGAAUUCCACAAAAGUAGCUGCUGAUGCAACAUCCAUGCAAAAGUUUCUAAAAAAUGAUAACUUGAAAGCAAAUGUUGGAGAACGAAUGAAAAUGAAAAUGGAACUUGAAUUACAGCAAAAGAAAAAAAAGUUGAAAAGCACUCCACAGAAAGCGAAUUUCUCUAUUAAGCCAGAGGAAGUAAAAAUUCAGAGAGCAACAGAAAUAAAUGUAAAAUCACUUGAGAAUCUCGUAGAAUAUAUUGAAGGACCUAGUAGUAAAGCUGUCGUGGAGCUUAAGAAAGCUGAAGAAGCUGCUAUGAAGAAACAACAAAAAAAAGCGAAGCAACUUGAACAAAAAAUGCGACGACAAAUUGAUUGUAAACUUGAAAAUAUUAUGGAGAUGAAUAAUGAACUUCUUGAUGUCAUUCUAGAGGAGAAGCAAGUUAAAAAUCAACUAAGCCAAUUGAAAGCAGGAAACAAAUUGAAUUCAAAUUUUGACAUAAUGAAAGAAUGUGGUGAAAUGAAGGCUAUCAUUGCUUUACUUUUACCGAAUGAGAAAGUAGCAUUGAAAAGUGUUCAGCAACAAAAAUCAAUAUCAAAGCCAUGUGCGAAUGCAAAAAUUGAAAAUUAUCAAAAAAUAAAAGAAGAUGUUGAAGAUCCAGCUAAGCGUAUGGUUACUAUAAGACGAAUAAAUUUACCACAUGCCGAGCCUCAAGUUACAGUCACAGCAAAAGGCUCCAAUGAUAUGGACCAACUGCUUUAUACAUUUGUUAACGGCCAGUUAGUUCCAGCAUCAAGACUCUCACCUUCAGCAUUUCAAAAUGGUUCAAUACAACUCUUCAUGUCCACUAAUGGACAAACAAAAAUGGUUAUGGAUCAUCAGAAUUUAUGUAAGCCUAACAAUAUAAUGGCAACGACUGAAAUAAUGACACCAAGGGUUACUUCAAAAUCGAAGGAAUUGAAUAAAGGAAUUAAAAUGAAGCAAUCUACAGAGGCAUCGGAAAAAGGUGUAGAGAAAGUCAAAAAAGAUUUGAAGAAAAAUGUUAAGAAAAAAAAUGAAACACAGGAACCUAGAAAAAAGUCGUUGAAGAAUCAAAAAACAAAAACAGAUAAAAAAGAAACUGCGACAAAUAAUCAAGCAGAUAUUGACGUGAAUUUAAAUCGAAAAAGAAAUAAGAAUUACAUUGAUCCAGAGUUUUCUGCCAAUCCUUUCAAAUUAUUAGAUAACGAGCAACAGUCAGAAUCAGAAGAAGAUUCUUUAUCACAAGUUUCCAAUAAUGUAUUUGAAGGCAAUAAGAUAACUGGUGAUACACAAAGCUUACAACAGGGAGAAAAGAAAUCAAACAUCGAGAAAAAAAUGAAAAAGAAACAAAAUUCUAUGAAAGUUGAGAAGGAGACCCAAAAGAAAUCAAUGAAAACUACUGAUGGUAUUACAUUAAAUUCGAAUGAAGCAAUUGUUCUGAAAGAUAUGAAGCAAUCCCUUAAAAAAAAUAAGAACCAUAUUGACGAUAAAGAUGAUCUUUUAAUGAAAUCAAAACUUUCCAUUCUUCAACAUCAGCAAAAGCAUCAAAUAAAUUCUAAUUCGAUUAUGGAUCAAUUAAAUCGAGGAGUUCGAGUUGAAGGGUUAAGACUUCCACCAGGAAUAACACUUACGAAAGUCGCUCCAAACGAUUCAAUGGCAUCAAAAAGAGAUUCAAUAAACAAAAUUGUCCAACCUAUUCAAGAUUAUUCGAAAUCUGUUGGAGCAAUACCUGAACAGUCAAAUGAUAUUAUAAUGAUUGAAAGUAAUCCCAUUUUACUCAAUUCAUCUUCGCAAUCGGCAAUUCCAUCUGAUAACAGUAGCGGUAAGAAGAAAAACAAAAAAAAGAAAAACAAAAUGUGUCCAGAAUCAUCUGAACAAAAUGAUAAUAAAAGUUCGAAGCACCAAAUGAUAACAACAUCUGAUCGCAUGGUUACAUUGAAGAAUCCAUUAUUUUAUAAAAGUCCAGUGGGAGAUUCAACGAAAGGAAUUAUGGAAAAUCCUCAGCCAGUACCAAUAACAAAACAAAGCAAUGAAUCAGAAUCUCAAGCAGCGUCUAUUAUACGAAAUGAAAAUGGCAUGUACACAAUUCGCAAUCCUUGCUUUCAGAACGUUUUUGGAUCAGUUAAUUCUACAGCAUUUGUGCCACGUCCAUUGGAUGGGAGCACAAAGCCUUUUGCACUCUCACCAAAUCAAUACUCAACGUAUAGUAACGACGUUCAGUUUACAGCUGAGUCUCAGCCUAAAUGUAGUUCAGUAAUAGGGAGUGAAAUGAAAGAUGUUCUUCAAAGGCGAAAAUAUGAGCAAAAGCAUGCCGGAAAUAUGGACAAUUUCAACCAUCAAUAUGGCGUUCGACCACAAUCGACUUACUCACACUUUGGAACAACUCCAUUGAGUUUCAAUAACAACGGAACUGAUUGUGAUGAUAAGUUUAAUUCUGAAUCGAGAAAUUUUCAAACAAAUCCUUCUGCACUGUCUACGAAUUACGAUGAAUUACGUUUGAAACCGGGACAUAUGCUAAACUCUGAGGUCACAAUCCACAACAUUUCGGAGUCAAAGAUGUUCUUAAAUGAAAUGAGAAAGACUUCACCGUCAUCUCUUGAAAUAAUUGGCAAUGGAAACAUAGAAAAUGUUGGUAAGCUUUUUGGAGACUUAUACAUAAGUCGACCGGUUGAAUCAAACGAAAUCAUUGAUAAUGGAAAUGAUAAUUCAAUCUUCACCAACAACGAUAAUAGAUUGAAUAAUCAAAGGAAAAGUAACAUAAACACUCGAAAAGAUAAUGAUUUUGAAGUUUUUCAACGUUACAACUUUAGCCCUACAUCUCAUUCCAUUAAAUCAAAUCAAAUGGACAUGGAAUCAGCUCAAGAAUAUGACAUGAAACAAAAUUCAACAAAUUCGAACAGCCCUAUUUCAGUUGUUUCAUUGGAUGACAUAUUUGAUCAUUCUGAUAUGAAGAAUGGAAAUGUAAGCAAUCAAAAAACAGCAUUUUAUCCAUCACAUCCAAACUUCAACGAUGAUAAAUCGUCAGGUGUAUCUUCUUUGUUUUCAUCUGGUAUUUAAACUGAAUAUUUUAUUUUGUUUCGAAUUCUGCACUCUUAGGAAUUCGUCUCACAAAAAGUAAUGAAAUAAACAGAAGUUUGAAUUUUUUUACUGAAA